AUGGUGCUACUGCUGCUGGUGGCCAUUCCGCUGCUGGUGCACAGCUCCCGCGGGCCCGCGCACUACGAGAUGCUGGGUCGCUGCCGGAUGGUGUGCGACCCGCAUGGGCCCCGAGGCCCGGGCCCCGACGGCGCGCCCGCUUCGGUGUCCCCCUUCCCGCCGGGUGCUAAGGGAGAAGGAGGCCGGCGCGGGAAGGCAGGCCUACGGGGACCCCCGGGACCGCCAGGCCCCAGAGGGCCUCCAGGAGAGCUAGGCAGGCCAGGUCCCCCGGGCCCUCCCGGCCCAGGCCCCGGAGGGGUGGCUGCCCCUGCUGGCUUUGUGCCUCGAAUCGCCUUUUACGCGGGCCUGAAGCGGCCUCAUGAGGGUUACGAGGUGCUGCGCUUUGAUGACGUGGUGACCAACGUGGGCAACGCGUAUGAGGCAGCCAGCGGCAAGUUCACUUGCCCCAUGCCGGGUGUCUACUUCUUCGCUUACCACGUGCUUAUGCGCGGCGGCGACGGCACCAGUAUGUGGGCUGACCUGAUGAAGAACGGACAGGUCCGUGCCAGCGCCAUUGCUCAGGAUGCGGACCAGAACUACGACUACGCCAGCAACAGCGUCAUUCUACACCUGGAUGUGGGAGACGAGGUCUUCAUCAAGCUGGACGGCGGGAAGGUGCACGGGGGCAACACCAACAAGUACAGCACCUUCUCUGGCUUCAUCAUCUACCCAGACUGAGGCGAACCCCACCCCUACUUCACCCUCUCCCCCGCUCGCCUCUUCACUCCCUUCCUUGCGCGUCUCCAGCCGGCCCCACCCAAGGCACCACCCCAUCCUUUGAGAGCCUGGCGGUGGGGCGGACCCUCUGGCUCCCAGAGGCAGCCUAAAUGGGCGGACUCUUGGUGCUCAAGGGUAUAAGAGGCCGAGGAGGGGAGGAGGCCGGGCUGGAGGAGGUGCCGAGAGACUUCCGAAGGGACCACCUGCAUCCACGUAUGUGCUUGUGAAAGCCGGGACCAGAUCAGGGCGAGGUCGUGGCUUUUUCUUCUAUCUGGAGAUGGGGAGCAGUUUUAUUAGUCAGGGCUCAGAAAACUGAAGGGAAGCCCUGGCAGCUUGAG